UGACAGAUGCUCAGUGUCCUCCUUUUGGAUUUUGUGACUUUGAGAGUACAAUGUGUAGCUGGAGCAACCUGGGUGGAGAAGUUGACCAGGAAGACUGGCUCCGUGGCACAGGAGCCUCCCCGAACCCCAACACUGGACCCAGUGUGGAUCACACCACUGGCUCUCCACAUGGUCACUAUGUUUACGUGGACAGCUCAGUGGGCGAGUGGGGAGACACGUCCUACCUGAUCAGUGAUGUUUUUCAGCCAUCCACUAGAGGACACUGUGUCACAUUCUGGUACCACAUGUAUGGUAACCAUGUUGGGACUCUCAAACUCUACAUAAAUGACAGGAAGAUGCAUGCAGGCGGCAGUGAAGACGGACUUCUGAAGUGGAUUGAAACAGGAAACAACGGCGACGAGUGGCAGGAAGCCAGUGUGUAUGUUAAACAUGAAGAAGCAUUCUGGUUUGUGUUUGUGUAUCAGAGGGGGAUGAAUGCAGCUGGGGAUGUUGCUCUUGAUGAUAUCUCCAUCCAACCUGGAAGCUGCUACCCAGAGCCUACCGUUGAGCCCUCUGAUGAUCACGAUGCGUUGACUGUUGGCCUUGGAGUUGGUCUGACUCUGCUGGCUGGAGUAGUCAUCUUCAUUAUCCUCUUCAUGCUGAACCGGAAGUGCAGCAGUAAAAUGAACCAACAGUCACUUGUGAAUAAUGAUGUGAUCGACCAGAACGCUGUGUUCGACCUCUACGAUUGCAAAAUAGAUGGCACACAACAUGGAACUGAAUCCGACUCUUCCUUCGCCAACGAGCUUUAUAAUCCAUCACCACAAGUAACAGAAGACUCCUCCACUGCUUAGUCCAGAUAUUUUUCCAAUUAAAAUUAUGAUAGACUAUAACAAAUCUGUAAGUUAUUUCUUUUUACUGGGAGAAAUUGUAAUUCUAUUAAAACAAGAAGAUGAAA